UCUCUUAACCCGCCACGUUAGCUUUCAAACCAAUCAUCAUGUAAGUGUAACAAUUCGAACUGAAAUUGAUCUCCUUUGCUUCCAAAAAUAUAUUUCAUAAUUACUACGAAAAUCUAAUAGUAAUAUCUAGAAAAAUAUGAAAUCCAACGGUCUAGAACCCGCUCAUCUAACGCUCUCGAUUGCUCAGGAUGAUAUUGUAAAAUCAGGUCCAAACAGAUAUAUUUGGAAUACAUAAUAUGUGUUUGUACAUGUAUCAUUGCAUGCAAAUGUAGAAAAAUAGUUCUUCAUGGUUGUUAAAUUUGAUAUAUUUGUCUACAAAUGGAAUUAAAAUUCAAAAAAAAAAAAAAAUCAAAAUUUCUUAUUGGCUUAUCAGGCUUGAAAAUUACAAAAACGUGAGGUUCUUAUGUCAUUUGGUCUGAAUAUUCUAGAAUUAACUGGCUCAUAGUAUCAAAAUUCAACCCCCAAAGGUUUAGAUGCAUCCUAUGAGUCUAUACCCUUAAAACUCCCAUUUAGUUGGGCACAACGAACGAAUAUGUAAGGUGAGGGACCACAAAACAAGUGUUUGGGGGUAAUGGAAUGGAGCCCACCAUUUCAAAAUUCUGGGCGGACGGAACAUUUCUCUCAACCUUGGGCGCGAAGAAAAGUCCUCCUCCUUCUCUGUCUUCGUCGUCUUUCCUUUUGUUGCUGCGUUUGCCCUCUUAAAACCAAUCCGAAAUUAUCGCCCAAAACAAAUAUCCAAUCUUCCAUUUCUUCUUCUUCACGUAUCAGAAAUUUCAAUUAGGGUUUCACUUUAACCUUAAUCAAAACUUCUACAUACAUAUAUACAUUUACACAUACAUUUAUAUAUAAUCUCUCUCUCUCUCUCUCUGUGUUUCGGAAUUUUGAUUUCCCGGGAAAGUUUGAAUCCCGGUCGUUUCUUCGAAAGUCCCCGAAAGCUUUUCAAGAACGCGAGAAUCAGCAAUGGAGUAAAACAUUCCAGAAUAUUAUGACAUAAAUUACUUUUAAACUUCGCUGGCUCAUUUGCCUGAAAGCUGGUUCAGAGGGAGGGGGAGAGAGAGAGAUGGACGAAGAAAUGGUGGAGUUUGUUAGGGAGGCUUUCGAGGGGGGAGAAAUUGACAUGGACUAUGAAUUCGAUGCGCCCAGGUUCUACGAUUUCACUCGGCCGAAGACUGGUCGGGAGGCCGAGGAGGCGGAGGAAUGGUUCCUGUCAGCAGGAGGUUAUCAGCCCUCGCUUUUGAAUCCCUUAGCUUUCCUUGAAAAAUUGUUGAAUUUGCAAAAACGGAUUCAUCCGGAACCUGUAAAAAACUCCACCGAACCAAAAGACGUUGAAGAAGUUGACUCAAAUAAUUGCAUGGAAGCGGAGGUCUCUGUAGUAGUAGACGAUAAUAUUAGAGAUGAAGUUGUUUUUACUGUCAUGUUUUAUGGUGUUUCAACACGAUUAGAACUCCCUAAUCACAUGGCUCUAGACACUCCAAGCGCUAAACCAAAGUCCCCGGGCAAGUCACCACCUCUAUCAAGGAGUUCAACGUUAAUGAAACCCACGGCAAGUCAGCUGGCCGAGCAAAAUCACCGCCGAGAAAUUCACUCCAACCGGUUAUUAAGGAGAGUGGCGAAAAAGCUCAGGAAACUUGAUGAGAAAUCACAGAAUUCUCCGCCACCUACGAAAAGACACAAGUUGGAGGCUGGCUAUGUACGCAAGGUUGCUGAACAACUCAAGCAUCAACAUCUCUGGUUACACAAGGUGUCGAAAAAGGUCGGAGCUGAUGCUGCCAGACCUAAAGUUACCAUCCGAAGGAACCAAAUUUGGAAACAGCAAAUAGAGCACAAAGACCUCUUGCAUGAUUUUGGUAAAAUAUUUUGUUUGGUGUAUGAAGGUCUACCUAAUGAGCAUAUAACACUGAUUUUCAGAUUCUCAGGGCUCCUCCAUGGCCUAGCCCUAAAAAACUCACAAUUCCAGCAACAGAGUUUCAGAUGUUUCGCCUUCGGACAUCAGCGCGAGUUAUGCAAAAGACAUACUAUCACCAUGUAACAAAUGGACCUAAUUCUAGUUAUUUAUCAGAAAAUGAAACUACAGAGAUCGAAGGGUAACUAUCUCUGCCUUUUAGCUUGUCAAAUGAAUCCCAUCUUGUGUAAUUUCUGUGUAGUUUUACCUUGCAGUCAUGGAAUUUUUCCAUCUUCAAAUUUGAUUUUUACUUUUAAGGUUAAUAAUUUCAAUAGUUAAAAAAACAAAAAAAAAAAAAGCAGAUCACAAGCCAACUAGACUUCCCGCUUUACGAAGGUCGAGGGAACGUCUAUCAUAUGCGGCCUUACCCUUGCCUUGCAAAGAGGUUGUUUCCAUAACUCCAACCUAUGACAUUUCGCUCGCAAAUUAUAAUAUUUCUUUUGCGUUAAGACUCGCCCUCAAUAAUUCCAAUAAUAAACCCUUGAAAAUCAAGAAUCAAAUUACUUUCGAUUUUCGUUCUAUGUAAGUAAACAUGUCACCGGAUGAGAAUCGUUGCAGCUAUGUAAAAGUUUUGAUAUUAAUGUUUUGCACGGGCCAAACUCUGUGUAUGCCUUAAAGCAGUAGAAAAGUGGAAUGGUUUACAAAUUCGUAGCUUGCUCUCUUAAAAAUAAGGAAUUAAAGUUUGCAAUCGACAAGAGAUGCCGAAAGGAGCCGCCAACAGAUUUAUUUAGUAAGGUAGGAGCAAUAUCUAAGUUCGCUAAUUUUACGUAAAAACUUACAUGUAAUUUGAACAUCAAAAUGAAGGUAUUUCAAACAAAAUAU